AUGAGCGGAGCCUUGAGCUUUGACCUCAAGGCUGAGACGGAAGCCCUAAGAGCCAAAUACCUUGAACAACUAGAAAGCGGCUGUCCCUGUCCGCGGUUGCAGUUUGAAUUUGCCUCUCUUUUGAUUUGUUCUCCCAACGUAAAGGACUUAAAGGACUCCGCAGAUCUCCUCACAGAACUCCUUGAGAUCGGCUUCUGCAGGUCGGACUGUCUUUUCCAGCUUGCGCUGGUGUAUUUGAAGCUGGGGCAUUACUCUCUCGCUAAGCGCCGGGUGGAGGCCCUUCUUCGAAUGGGUUUGGGCGUUCAGGAGCCGCGCAACUUGUCCGCGUUGUCUCUGCAUAGUCUCAUCCUGGAUCGUGCAGCAUACGAUGGCGUCAGCGGCUCUCUUAUCCUCGGCCUCAUUGCAGGGGGCGUUUUGCCCUCAGGGAGCCCACCCCAACAAGUGAGAUGGAGGUCCCUAGAUAGGGGUCCCCAUAGAUAG